GCGAGCGCGGGCGACGCCGCGUGGUUCUCCGCGCUCGACGACGACGCGCUCGAGCGCGCGAUGACGCGUCGCGACGACGACGGACGCACGAGCUUUCAUCGCGCGUGCGCCGCGGGCGCGCGCGGACGCGACGUGACGCGACUGGCGCGCGAACGGAUGAAGGGCGAGGCGAUGGCGAGGGUGGUGACGACGGCGGACGACGGUGGGUGGACGCCGCUGCACACGAGCGCGGCGCUGGGGGAGCGGGAGACGUGCGGGACGCUGCUCGCGCGAGGGGCGGAUUGCGAGGCGCGGACGCCGGGGGGGCAGACGCCGGGGCACUACGCGGCGAGCAAGGGACGCGUGGGGACGCUGGAGACGCUGGUGAGCGGAGGGAGGGGGUGGUUGACGAUGGAGGACGACGUCGGGGCGACGCCGUUGCAUCGGGCGGCGGCGCGAGGGGAGCUGCGGGCGAUCGAUUUCUUGGUGGACGCGCUCGCGAACGGGACGACAGAGGUGCCGAAAAUGGCGCUCGAGGCGAGAGAUAAGCGCGGACAGACGCCGCUUUUAGUGGCGUGCGAAGCGGGGCAAGACGAAGCGGCGAUUCGACUGGCGAAGCACGGCGCAAACGUCGGCGCCAAGGAUGGCGAG